GUCAGAUGAGGAAGGCUCUUCUCUCACCUCCUCCUCCUCUUCCUCCUCCUCUCUUCAUCUCCUUCAGUGUGUCAGCAGCCUCUCUCUCUCUCUCUGCUGAUGCUUUUUCGCUCGCCUGUGUUUAUUCCUGAUUCUUGAGGAGAGACAGAGAGGUUUAAUGGGAUGGACCUGCUGCCCACCGACUGCUAUUACUGCUGCUGUUUACACCGCGGCAUCAUGGGAGCUGUAGUCUCCUCUGCAGCCCGGGAGGACAGCUGAUUAGCCGGGGAUUGUGGGUCAUCAGAGUUUGGAAAUGUGAGCUGGUGGACAAACAAGGCUCAGCAAACUCUCUAGCUUUCUAUUGUCUUGAUCUCUUUUGGACUCUUGUUGUUUGUUGUCCCUUUUCUGUCCUCUUCAUCUUCCUUUCUUACCUAUUUUCUUUUUUUAAAUCCUUUAUCCCUCCAUUUUUUAUCCUCGUCUCACUCUCCUUCUAAUUUGUGUCUGUCGAGGAAAAGGGAAAAGUCAGAAUGGGUUGUCGUCUCACCAAGACCAAGGCCAAGACUCACAAACCGGCUCAGCAGCACCAACACCGGGAGGAGUUGCACUUCGUGGAUGAGUAUGGCCAGCCAAUCACAAUGCAGGUGGAGGCGAGAAGGGAGCAUGGUCACAGGAGGCGGCGGUCUCGAUGCGGCCCUGAGUUCAGCGUCCCAACAGAGAGACACUGGGAGGCCCUGAGAGCCAUGGGGCUGAUGGAGGGAGAGGGGGGCCAGGGAGACGGAUACACUGCAGGGCCAUAUUAUGGUCACAUGGCCGUGUCACCUGACCUGUACUCGGCCAACAGUCACAUGAUGAUGUCGGAUGUCUAUCCACCCAAUGGAUACCUGCCUAGAUCAUCCAAUGAUCAGCAUCAGGGGAACAGCUACUUGCCCAGCGUCUCCUACAGCUUAGAUCACCUGGACAGACUGGACUACCAGACUCCAGAAAUGUUGCCCUACCAGCCUAACUCAGAGAGCUGUCUGAUUGGCUGCUACAACACAGAAGAGAUGGAGCCCAAUCAUUUCUCCGGACAGCAGGACUACCAGCCUCCCUGGCGGUCUGAUCGUCAUCUGGGAUACCUCCCCCUCAGUGAGCUUGACAGUGGGCUUGGAUGUGGUCCUGACAGUCCCCAGAACCGGGCGGCGUUCUCCGAGGCAGAGACAGACGCCAUGUCUUCUCUGCCGGGUCACACCGCCUCCUCCCAAGGCUCUACCUCUUCCUCCGAGUCCCUCAUCUCGUCUGAACCCAGCGACUCGGGUUUCCACAGCGUCAGCACCGGGGAGCACAGGCGACUGCAUAAGAUACACGGAAGCCACGCCCAUCGACAAACUCACCAUCUUCGCUCCGGCCACUCCCCUCGAGAGCAGAGAGGACGCUGGGAUUUGGAGUCCAUCCCAGAGACCACUCAAAUGACUCACUCUGGAGCACCACAGGCGUCCCGUUGCACUGUGGGUAACAGCACGACCACCACAGUUCACUUCCACAGAGCUGAGAGAAGUCCCACCUUACCUCGCCACCGUUCACCACCUUCCCCUUCCAUUGGUUGUCACACUGAGCCCUGCCAGCGUAGGGCUCUGUGGUUGGAGCAGCAACAGCAUGGUGGCGGGAGGAUAGAGGUUCCAGUGCGGAGUCGAACAAUAACAGAUUUGAGCGAAGGCCAGCGCCCCCGCAGGGCCAGUCAUCCCAACAUGGCCGAUCCAAACAUUCUCCAGAGCAGCCAACCGCGAGCAGCCAGCAACACGCUGGGCCCGAGGAGCAGGGCCAGUUAUCCCAGUAACUCUCGCCCCACCAGUCACCACCUCAGCAUCGACAGAACCAGUAUGAUCAAUCAGCAGAACAUACUGAGAAACAGCAAGUGCAUGAGCCGGAGCAGAGAGGAGGACUCCCUCUCUAAGAGUCCUGGGUCCGGCUCCAGUGGAGCGUCAGACUGGCGCGGGUUUCAAACCUUAGGGAGUCGCCCCGGCAUGCCUACAGCUCCCUCUGUUCCUUACUACAGCACCCUGGGAGCCCCACAACAUCACCCUCGCUCUCCCCCCUCUCCACGCUCCAGACUGUCCAAUCAGAAGUCAGUGAGGAACCAGCUCCUGAGAGCACGAGCUUACCGAUUGGCCAGGGAACGCAGCGAGGUCACAACAGAUGAGGAUGUACGAGGAGAGGGGGAGAGAGAAAGGGAUGAUGACGGGGAGGAUGGACGAUGGGCUGGGAGAUACUGGAGCCGCACCGAAAGAAGACGCCAUGUUGCGUUAUCACGGCAACACAGAGAGAGGAGGGGAGGGGAGGAGCAUGGCGGGGGUCUUCAAGGGUCGCUGUCGUCUCAAACUGUGCUGGAGCUGAGCCACAUGAAGCAAAACCGACUGAGGAACCGCAAACUGCUUGAUGAUUGGACAACUGUUGAAGAACUGCUGACUCACGGGACUCGAGUGGAGAGCGACAGUCAGCUUUGUCCCAGCCCUCUGUUAUCAGUUACAACUGUCUGAUUGGGAAAACUCAUGAUACACAUUUCUAUAUUUAUGAUGAUUGAUGAAAGUAGCCAAUACACACUCAGGCCCAGAUUCAUAGAAGGUUUGCGUAGUUAAAAUUGCAAAUGUCUGCACUAAAUUGACCAAAUCAGAAAGGCUAGUUUUUGGUGACAGAAGUCAUGGAUCCAUCAAUUACAUUUAAAUUAGAUCAUUUUAAACCCUUCGCUGCUACCAAUUGCAUAGUCAAUAUAUGGGGAGGAUAGGGGGAGCCUGAGGAUAUCAACCAAGUUAAUAUAUAGCUGAUAAACCAAAACAAUGACUUAAAAAAGGCUAAAAGUUGUCUUGAGCUGCUGAGUUGGUGUUACACUUAAAAGGAUUGGCAAUACUAGUGUUAAGUGCCAUUUUCACAUUGCAUUGCACCAGUCUAUGCAAUGUUAAAUGUUACCAUUUUUUAAAUAAAUAAAUGCUUAUAUAGAUGCUUGCAGACAUGAGCUUAAACAGAUUCACAGAAAUGUAAAAAUGCAACUAUAUUGGACUUGAAUACAAUAAAAAAGGAUCUUAGUCUGGUCAUUUACUGUAUCAAUGAAAGUCUGGACAUCAGAGCAUAAAAGUAUCUAUUCAUAGGGUUUCAGAAUUAUAAGAACAACAUGGCCAAAGUUGCAACUGGGGUCAGACCAACAAAAAAGGUUCAAAUGAAAACAAAUGUAUGGCAAUCUUCCUAUCCUAAACCUAAACUGACAAACUGAACCAACGCUACAGUCUGACAAGAACAAGAAACUUCUGAUGGAAAUAUUGCUAUAGAAAUGAGUUUCUGCAGGUUUGUACGAGUAAAGGACACUAACGAGCUUGACUGCAUCAUUAACAGAUUCACUGGACGCACCAGUCGGACUCUUCACACACCAGACCGCCUGUGACUGCUCUGAAAUAACACACAUCGGUUGUGUUGCCUUGUGGAAACGUUUCUACAUCUCCUUUAUCUGGUUUAACUGCCUUUGAUUCCGUCUCUGUGCCAUAAAUUGUCAAAAGGGUGACUUUAGGGUGAAAUUAUAAAAAUUGUAAGCCGGUUGGAGGAUGAUCAAACCGCCUCUAAAUCCACUUUGACGUUGUUGCACCAAACUGUUGUUGUUGUUGUUCUGGCACCACUUUCACAGUUUUCAUCCUGGGUUGUUUACCCUUUUAAUCUCUCACAGACUUGGAGUGUAAAUGAAUAAGAUAUUUAGAGAGGGCUCACAGGUCUCCAUGCAGCAAUGUUCAAUCCGGUUUCUAUUUAGUUCUUAGUAUUCUGCUGCAUUUAGUGAUCAUAGCUGUCCAAAGAGGAUUUAUACAUCUGUUUUCAAAUCAAGGGUUGCCUAGGUGCCAUAGUUGGACAUUUUGUGGACGACCCUUUCUUUGUUUUCUCUCGCAUAAAGUUAGAUGAGAAAAUGUAUCCCAAUGUAUGUUGAAUAUGGAGCUACAGCCAUUAGACCAGGGGUUCUCAAAGUGCGGCCCGCGGGCCAAUGGCGGCCCUCGGAAAUGUGUCUGGCGGCCCGCGAUAGUUAAUGUGACACGCUGAAAUGCAUGCGUUAUAUUUUAAUCCUCCAUGGUUGUAUCUAGUAAGAAUUAGAAUGGAAUUUAACCCUCUGAAGUCGGUGGACGCGCCGGCGUCCAGGUGCGCAUAAUUUUACGUAAUUAAUCAUAUAUUUUCGAUUAUAAGGAGUAGAAAUAUGAUUCAGAUAUCCGCGGAAUCUCUGGAAGAGUAGCUUUUCCAGUCUCCUGUGAGACUGUAACCAGGGCACAG